GCCUGCCUCAGCCUGGCUGGGCCUGAGAGAGCAGCCGAGGCUCAUGGGCCUGCACUCAGCUGGCCAGACCGCUGUCAGGCCUCUGCCUUCACAGGGAUGUAUGGCGAGGAUGGGACGCUGCACUUUUCCAAUCCAGACUCUUCACCGGCUGAAAGUGCCAACAUGAACGCUGCCAACCAUCUAGGUGCAGGCACCCUGUGUGCCAUCUGUGGAGACAGGGCCACUGGCAAGCACUAUGGAGCCUCCAGCUGCGAUGGGUGCAAGGGUUUCUUCAGACGCAGUGUCCGCAAAAACCACAUGUACUCCUGCAGGUUUAGCAGACAAUGCAUUGUGGAUAAAGACAAGCGAAAUCAAUGCAGAUACUGCAGACUGAAGAAGUGCUUUAGAGCUGGCAUGAAGAAAGAAGCUGUGCAGAAUGAAAGAGACAGAAUCAGCACCAGGAGGUCCAGCUAUGAAGACAGUAGUUUACCAUCAAUCAAUGCACUCAUCCAGGCAGAUGUGCUGUCGAGACAGAUCACGUCUCCUGUUCCUAUACUGAACGGCGACAUAAGGACCAAAAAAAUCGCCACCAUUACAGAUGUGUGUGAGUCUAUGAAGCAGCAGCUGUUGGUCUUGGUGGAGUGGGCCAAGUACAUCCCUGCCUUCUGUGACCUGCCUCUGGACGACCAGGUGGCUUUGCUGCGAGCUCAUGCUGGAGAGCAUCUCCUUCUUGGUGCUGCCAAGAGGUCCAUGCUGUACAAAGAUCUCCUGCUAUUAGGAAAUGACCACAUCAUUCCCAGAAACUGCCCGGAGCUGGAGGUGAGCAGGGUAGCAGUGAGAAUCCUGGAUGAGCUGGUGCUUCCUUUCCAGGAGCUGCAGAUAGACGACAAUGAAUACGCUUGCUUGAAAGCCAUAGUUUUCUUUGACCCAGAUGCCAAAGGUCUGAGUGACCCUGGAAAAAUCAAGCGGAUGCGGUACCAGGUCCAGGUCAGCCUGGAGGACUACAUCAACGACAGGCAGUAUGACUCUCGGGGGCGUUUUGGAGAGCUGCUCCUCCUGCUGCCGACGCUACAGAGCAUCACAUGGCAGAUGAUCGAACAGAUCCAGUUCGUUAAACUCUUUGGCAUGGCCAAGAUUGACAACCUACUACAAGAAAUGCUCCUUGGAGGCUCUGCUAAUGAGGCUCCACAUGCACCUCACUCUCUGCACCCUCACCUGGUUCAGGAGCACCUCAGCAGCAAUGUUAUAGUGGCCAGCAACAUGCCAACGCCCAUCCACAAUGGUCAAAUCUCCACUCCUGAAACCCCAAUUCCUUCUCCACCUACUGCCUCCAGCUCAGAACAUUAUAAAAUGGCUCAGGGGGUUAUAGCCACAGUGCCCAAGCAGCCAACCUCCAUCCCUCAGCCUACCAUUACAAAGCAAGAGGCCAUCUAACAACCCGCCGGAUCUUCAGUCCUUUCUCUCAGCAUUCAUUUCUUUUUUUCUUUUUUCUUUUUUUUAAUUUGUCAUAGCAGCUGUUUUAAACCAGGGUCUUUAUAUAAAAGUCUGUAUAUAAUCAGCAUUGAGGCUGUUGACAUGACUGAAACAAUAAAGUAGCUAAGUAAUUGCAAUUAUGUUGCUUACAGAUUUGCCUUUUUCAAAGUCUUCAGGGAUUUUAGGGUGUACACAGAUACUUGCUGCACAGCUCGGUGGAAACUCCUAAACCUUGGUGCGAGUUAAUUUUUAAUGUCAGACAAAAAAUAUAUACAUCAAAACCCAACUCUACAGACUGUUGCUCUGUAGGAUCAGCAUAAACAAACAAUGUUAUAGCCUGUUUAUUUUAGGCAGCAUCAUUCAGUGAAUUCCCUCAGCAUGGCCUCAGUAUGUGGAUUUGCUGCAUUACACAGAGUGCAGCAAGGCUUACUGUUAGAUAUGGCGCCUUGAUCAUGUGAAUAUUGUAUGAAUGUUACAACAGGCCUUACAUUGUCAUGUAUUUAGUGUUGCACAGUAUUUCAUUUUAUAUUCAGUGAUGAAACUCUUGGAUAUAGUGAGGACUUUCAGACAGUCUUGACACGAUGACAUUUCCAAGCUACUGUCAUUUUAUCAAAGCUGUACAAAAGGAAAUCCCAAACUCUUGAGCUGUCCUCCUAUCAUGCUGUGUGACAAGAUUAAGGUAUCCAUGUUUAUUUUAUGUACUGGAGAAAAUAAAAUGCAUAUUUACAGUAGUUAUGUAGAAUGAAACAUGUUAAAACAUCUACCAAGAAAACUUGGUGAUAGAAGACGCUGUACUCUGUGGUGCCGCUUUGUAAAAGUCAGAGGCAGACACACUUUGUGGAAUUAAUGUAAGUUUCCCAACUGAAAUACUGUUGUACUGGUUUUUAAAAAAAUAUAUUAUAUUUUUUGCCUAAGUUUAGUAUUUUAUCAUGGUUUAACUUUCAGAAUAAAAUGUGCCUUGAAACCUGUACUGCCUGACAACAGAAAAUAGGCAAUGUUUCACCUUGCAAUGUGAAGAUGAAUAAAUAAAAUCUCAAGGUCUAUUUUUACAUUGAA